AUGAACAGCUCAACCACGGAGGAUUUUCUGAAGACGGCAGGUGAUGAGAUCACUAGAGUGACUUCUAAAAAGGAGCUUCUGAACAACUCAAAGUCAGAGCCUUUGAGCAACUCAAAAUCAGAGCACCUGAGCAAUUCGAAAUCAGAACUGGCCCCACCAGCAUCAGAUGAUGAUUCAGAGCUGGUCCCACCUCCAAUGAAGUCUCUUGAGCGGACGGAUACAACUGUUGGUGAAAUUCAAGAAAUCACAACCAAUGCUCUUCCGCUGCCUGUUUCACCGCAAAGACAGGAGCGUCAUAUGGCUGAAGCCUCUAAAAUGGAGCAGAAAAUGAAGGAUCCUGCUGUAGAAAUCUCUUCUGAUUUUUCAGAACAAAGCGUGAGUAUACAUUCAGGCGGAGGCCCGCUAGAAACAAGUAUGCGCUCGCAUGACACCCUAGGCGCGGAUACCAUAGAAUCAAAAGAGGAACAUACUCUGCAUUCAGUGGAGGUUUCUAAAGUCGAUCAUGCCGGUGUUAUUUCGUCGCCGAUCCAAAACACAACUCGUGGCAAGCGAAAGGUCAAGAUGAUGGAUACCAAAAGUGAGGAACUCAACAAAACGAGUAACCAUUCCUAUGAUGAACGAAUUACCAAGAGUUACCAUACCUAUGAUGAACGAAUUACCAAGAGUAAUCAUUCCUAUGAUGAACACACUGGUCAUUCCCGCGAUUCAUUUACUGGACAGUCACGUAUAAAAACCAAUCAUGGUCGAGGUGGACGACGCCGCAAUAGUAUUGGAGCCUACAAAGUUCCAAAUGCAAACAAGCCCAAGCAAGGAGGAGCUCGCUUUGUCACGGUCCACCGACGCCACCAUCCCAAAGGUUCGCCAGGCGUUGUUCCUACACCUCGUCGGUACUCGUCGGAAGGCUUUCACGUGAAUCCAACGUUGCAAGAACGGGCCGAAUUGCAAGCCCUGGAUGGAGAGUCGUCGGAUUCAGAUGGUCUCAUUCGUCCGCCACCUGCGCUGAAUAUGAGUCAGUCCAUGGUCAUGGCGCUUGAAGAAUUGAGGCAGGAAAAAGAGAAGGAAGAAGAGGCCAAAAAAGAUCGCAAGGAACCCAAAGCAUGGUUGUACAUGACGGCUCUCUUUACAUUAUUUUCAUCUACUGGAGGUCUCAUGUUCAUUCUCUUGUACGUCUUUGGUGCGGCCUUUGGGGACGUCUAUUCGGAGGCCAGGUCGCAACUCGAAUACUUGUCUACGCCGGGAUCCUUGGAGGACGAAACCACACCGCAAUAUGCAGCCUUGGAAUGGCUGGUCAAGAGGGAUCGUGCCAAUGGGUUGGAUCUUGUGAACGAUGUUGCACGGCGGGAGGCCCGGUACAGUUUGGCCGUCUUGUACUACUCGACGGAAGGAGAGUUGAGAUGGAGUGAUGAACUGCACUUCUUGUCGGAUCGACAUGAAUGCGACUGGAAUAUGGAAAUAGAGACAGAUGACAAUGGAGGAGAAGAAAAGAGUACCACAACAGUAGGAGUGAUUUGUGAUGAUGACCGAGCCAUCGUUCAGUUAUCAAUAGUUGGUAAUAAUCUUCGAGGACAACUUCCUCCGGAGUUAUCGGCCUUGUCGGACUUGAUUGCGCUAGACUUUCAGGACAAUGAACUGACUGGUACGAUACCUGAUUGGAAAUGGGACAAUUUGGAGUCCCUUCAUUUGCAGUAUAAUGGAUUGGAGGGAUCCAUACCGGAUUCGAUAUGGACUGAGUUGCCGAAUUUGAGAAACUUGGAUUUAUCGAAGAAUCAGCUCUCUUCCUCAUUGCCAAUCGCAAUGAGGCAAUUGUCCAGCAUCGAAAGUAUCAACCUUGGAUACAAUGAAUUGACUGGCAUCAUUGUCUUGGGUCCAAAUGAAUUGAUGGUAGGCGACGAUGUUGGCUCUUUGAUGAUGCCAACUCUUCGGACGUUCAACGUCACCAACAACAACAUGAGAGGGACUCUGGAUUUUGUAGAAUUAUUUCCGAAGCUACAAGUUUUGGAUGUGACACAAAACGGAUUGACAGGACGGAUUCCUGGUGUUCUUGGAGGACUGACCAAUUUGGAAGCCUUGUACCUGUCAGACAAUCAGUUUUUCGGUGUCAUCCCCACCGCUAUUGGAUCUUUGGCGAGCCUAACAACGAUUGUUGCAUCCAACAAUUUACUCAAUCGCCAGUUUCCGUGGGAUAGUUUUGAUGGCGACAAUCGGUUGACUGAAAUUGUCCUUUCUGCGAAUAGCUUGACGGGAACAUUGCCCGAGAACAUGGGCGCCUUUUCCUCUUUGGAGGUAGUUGACUUUGGGCAAAAUUUGCUGUCGGGCAGUAUUCCUCCAAGCAUUGCGAGAGACAUUAGACUGAGAAUAUUACGUCUUUCUCGGAAUCAGUUGGGUGGUCCGCUUCCGGGGCAACCAACAGCGUUGCCGGACUCUUUGGAAAUCAUCGAUCUUCACAGCAAUCAAUUUGUCGGCGGACUCCCCGCAGGCUGGGCAAACGUUAGCUCUCUCAAUGUGCUGACGCUGCAUGAUAACGCUUUUGAUGGGCCUAUUCCACCCGAAUGGAGUCAAUUGAAAUCCCUGGAUAGACUAACUUUGCAUUUGAAUAGAUUGACGGGCAGUGUUGAAUUUAUGUGCGAUAUGCAACCACAACCUGUUAUUACGGCAAAUUGUGCUGGCAUUACACCACAGGUGGAAUGUUCAUGCUGCGCACUAUGUCUGGAGUAA